AUGAAUUACCUUAUACUAUUCUAUCUUGUUGUUUGCUUUGCUAAUUCGGAUGUCUGGAAUAUUAAAUUACCAUCCUAGGUCAAGUUAUUAUAAAAGCUAAGAGAAAAACGAAAUGACAGAAAGCUUGAGGAUGUUAAAACUUAAUGGGAGUCAAUAAGAAUACAUUUUGAAUUCUUGGAAUCUCCACCUUCGGAUGUUUUAGAAUAAACUAAUACAGUACUAAAUAUAGUUAAGACAUUUUUUGGAAGAUUUAUCUUGGUUAAGAGACAAACCGGAAAUUUAGAAUGGAAAUCAAGCUAUGAAACCGAUUGGCAAAUACUGACUAUUCCUGCUUCACUCCAAAAAAGUUAUGAUGCUGACUUGGUAUUCUUUGUGGGUUAAGAGGAUAAUCAAGACGUAGAAUACAUUGCAAGAGCAGCUCCUGUAAUCUUUGAUGAAACGACAGGAAGACCAAUUUUUGGAAUUAUGCAAAUGAACAAUUACUACAUGAAAGAAUUUUAGGGAACAGAUGCAAAAUUUGAAGCAGCAGUUCAAGUAGUACUACAUGAAUCCAUUCAUGGUUUAGGGUUCACUGAUAAUCUCUAUUCAAACUAUUAUAAUAGUACGAGUAAUGAGAAAUACGACUUUACAGUUUAUCAAAGAGUGAAUUAGCAAAUUGAUUUACCUACUCCAAGAUUGACUCAGUUAGCUGAGAAUCACUUUGGAUGCUCUAAAUUGGUGGGAGGAACUAUGGAAGAUCAGAUGGGAGGUGGAACAGCAGGUUCACAUUUGGAAAGGUCAAUCUUUUAUAACGAACUUAUGACAGGUGCAUUGAUGACUGGCAAUUCCCUCCUUAGUGAAUUCACAUUUGGUCUUUUAGAAGAUACAGGAUUUUAUCGAGUGACCAAGCAUAUUUCUGAUAUACAAUUGUGGGGAAAGGAUAAGGGGUGCGAUUUUUAUAAGAAUUAAUGCUUUUCUAACUAAUAAUACAAGGAAUUCUGUACUGAUCCUUAUGAUGACUCCAACCAAUCAGAUAAUCCUUUAAACCAUUUAUCAUGCUCUUAUACGCACACUGGAAUAGGAAUUUGCAUGAAUGAUGGACUAGUAGAAUGCCCUUACUAUUAUGUGAUUUCAGAUUUAGAUUGCAGAGAUGCAGAAAAUUAUAAUUAAACCUUAUUUUAAGGAUCUAACUUUCAUUUCGGAUAUGAUAGUAUGUGCAUAGAAGGAGGUUUCGUAAGUAAAAUAAAACAAUCAAUUGACAUUGGAUAUAGUUGUUAUUAAUACUCUUGCGAUGAGAAUAAUUCAUUAACUAUCAUAGUUGAUGGGGUGAAAUAUGAUUGCAGUGUUGGAGGUUCAUCUCCAAGUUAUAACACUGAAUAAUAUAAGUAAGGUAUUGUUUGUCCCGAUAAUCCAAAGGACUUAUGUGAAUCAGCUAGUGAAUGCCCAAAUUAGUGCAAUAAGAAGGGAUAUUGUUUAGGAGGAGUGUGCACUUGUAUAGCUGGUUAUUCAGGAAGAGCAUGUGAAAAAAGUUGCACUAGUUAUAGAGACGGAAUUGAAUGCGUUUAGAGUUGCUCAACAAAUACAUUUGCAGAUGACUCGACAAUGUAUUGUAUAGGUUGUCCUGCAAAUUGUGCCACUUGUUCAGCAAAGGAUGUAUGUACCUUGUGUGAGGAUACUCAUCUAUUGGUUGGAGGAUUUUGCGAACCUCUACCAACUUAUUCAGUAAUUUUAGUAACCAGCAUCAUAGCCUUGUUUUUAGCCUUAUGA